GUACGAAAUCCAUGCUGUUUUAUCCGUGAAGAUUAACGAGAAACAAAAACUGUUUCUGGUGAAUUUGGUAAUUGUUGGAAUUCAAAGAAAGAUGAAUGUUAACCAGACUGAGGUACUCAAAUCAACUAGAUGGAGAACAAACCUGGAGAAAGUUAACAUAACCAAGAGGACUAAACAGUCCAAAACGAAUGCGGUUACUUUGAACUCCAUCCAAAUAAAACGGGAACCAAGAGACUUUGAGCAGAAGGAAAUUGGGGACGGUGACCGUUCCAAACUUUCAUUGCUGAAGAAGCAUGUCAAGCAACAACAAACUAUAUCCAACCAACCGACCAUGUGUAGUCAGAUAUCAUGGAGUCCUCUAGUGCUGUUAACAAGAUUGUCUAAGGUGGUGGUUAAGACUCUUCUGAGCGAUACUAAAGUGUGUUUGGUGAAGGAAGAAACAGAUGCCAGGAGGGAUGAAGACAACAAUGGAGUCUUGUCUCCUCAGUUCUUUCCUUGUCCACACUGCACCAUCUCCUUUACUGACUGUUAUUUCCUAGAGAAUCACAUCAAGAACAAACACCAGAAGCAGUACCUGGCCAUGUUGAAAAGCCAAGUCUCAAAGAGUAAAAGAGUGUACGGCCCCACACACAGCUGUCCCCACUGUAGCUGCAUGUUCCAUACACCACGACAGCUAGACAUUCAUACCCGCCAGGCUCACCCCUCUGCCCGUCCCCGGAAACCUUCCCAUCCCCGCAGGGUUCCGGGGAAACUCCACUCCUGCCCGCAGUGUGCCCGCAGAUUCCCUUACCUGGGCACCCUGCUGAAGCACUGCAAGAAUUUGCACAAAAUGGCUGUGGUUCGCAUCGAUGGACACCUCAGUUGCGCGGAGUGUGGGAAGAGCUUUGAGAAUUGUUGGGGAUUGGGGCCUCACCGGUGUCACGAACCAGAGGGCACUAAACUUAAGGACACUAAGCCUGUGAUAUGUCUGGAAGUCGGCUUCCAUUGCUCUGAGUGUGGCAAGAUCCUCACUACUCCUACGAGCCUGAACACUCACAUGCGCAUCCACACCGGAGAGAAGCCUUAUGAAUGCAAGGAGUGCGGCAAAAGAUUCUCGAACGGCAGCAGUUUAGGCAAACACCUGCUGAUACACAAGGGGGUCAAAGAAUUCAAAUGCCAGGAUUGUGGGAAGGCUUUCGCCCAGGCAAACCUUCUGAGGAAUCACAUGACCGUUCACUCUGGUGAGAGAAAGUUUUCCUGCUCCCAUUGCGACAAGCGGUAUGCAUACAGGGGUAGUCUGGAGCUUCACCUGCGCACACACUCAGGGGAGAGACCUUUCAAAUGUACUGUGUGUGGUAAAGACUUUGCUGACAAAUGUUAUCUGAAAACACACCUGAAUAUACACAACAACCAGAAAAACUACCAUUGUGGGGUUUGUGGGCGGAAGUUCAUAAGGCUUGGGUUGUUGAAGUUACACAUGCGCUCACACACCGGGGAGAGGCCCUACCACUGCACAGUGUGCGACAAGAAGUUUUUUAGACUCUCACACCUGAAGAACCAUCAUCUCACUCACACAGGUGAGAAACCAUACACCUGUACAGAGUGCGGUAAAAGCUUCACUCAGUCUGGAGAUCUGGCUAAACACAAGCGUCACCACACUGGGGAGAGGCCGUUUGAAUGUUCUGAAUGCCACAGCCGGUUUAUCUGUUCAGGUUCUCUGACCCUGCACAUGAGGACCCACACUCACCGUGAUGUAAAGCCAUACUCCUGCCAAGAGUGUGGGAAGAGCUUUUAUGAACAGAGUCAUGUAAAAGUCCACAUGAAAAUCCACAAGGGGAAACCGUAUUCCUGCCCCCACUGCUUUUUUUGCUUUGCUCGCAAGAGCAACCUCUCCAAUCACCUGUCUAGAUGUCCUAAACUUAAAUGCGUUAAACCUAUGAAUGGGGGGGGGCGGGUUCGUUCCCUUCAGUGAUCGAUGCUGGACAACAGAUGCGAACUGUACCCCUACUGUGUAUGAUAACUCCAUAUCACAGAAUCUACCUAUGAUACCACAAUUUCUUCAGCAAUACUCCAAUUUGUUCAUAUACAUUAGAUUGUUAGUUACGUUUUUGUUGUCUUAGUUUGUUUUUAACCUGUAUUUUAUAUUUUUAAAUAUAUAUAUUUUUUUGAAGGGACAGUGAUAUACAUUAGAUUGUUUGACUGAUUGUCCUAGUGAUUAGUAGGGGAUAAUGUUUUGAAAAGAUGACGGGAUGUUUAUUUUCCUUUGUGUUUGUAGUGUAUACCUUGAUUUGGAAGAAGAGGAGCAUUUAUGUGUAGGUCACUCCCCUAGUAUUGUUUUAAACAUGACAUUAGAUUCAUGGGGCUCCCGAGUGGCGCAGCGGUCGAAGGCACUGCAUCUCAGUGCUGGAGGCGUCACUACAGACACCUGGUUUGAAUCCAGGCUGUAUCACA